UCCCUCAUGUGAAAUUAAAACCCUAAUCCCCUGUUUUGAAGGCCACAUUGUUCACUCUGUUGUCUCCUUGUCGGUGCUGUGUUCUUCUGUUCUCCCUCUCUGAAACCCGAAGGUUAUGGCUAGCACGAGCAAUGCAGCUGGGAGCUCGAACAACCCACGAUCGUUUGGAAGCAUCAUGAGGAGAAUGAACAGAAACAGAGAAGCUCGUUUGCCAGAAUGGUGUGCCUACGGGUCGAGACCGGUGCUGCGGUGGUCAGGGACGGAUUCUAAUCUAUGGAGACUGUUCCUAGGUUGCCCGAACUACAAUACUGUGGGUAAGAAAUGGUGUGGAUUGUUUAUGUGGGUUGAUAAAGUUUUGGAAGAUGCCAUGCCAUGUGAUGAUAGAACAAGACAUUCAGUUGAUGAUGAAGAAUGGAAGAUGAAGAUGGCUUGA